GAUGAGAUGAGAUAAAAUAAAGAAGACUCAAAGAGUCGAUUCUUUUCCUGAGCGACACUUCACUCGGAGUGAAUCAGUUUUCCAGAAGUGGAAGUGUUUUCCCUUCAGCCUCGGCGCCAUUUUGUUGCUGUUCGGAGAAAAUAAUAAAACUAAAGAGAAACUGCAACUCCAGGCAGAACCGGUGAGAUUAAUGAAGCCCAGCAUGGAGUGCUGAGUAAAAGAGUGAAAUUAAUUCCAGCAGAAGAGAUCAGUGUCUGCAGGAAUCAGCAGUGAGUCCAUGAGCUGUGUGUCCAUACACUAAUAUUCAAAAAUGGAGAGCUGUGAUCUGGACACAGAUAAUGUGACCCCACCCUCAGAAAAGCGUGAAGUCCAGAGAAAGAGCUCAGACUCCCCAGAACCCAGCUGUGUCUCCAUGAAGAGUGAUGCGUCUAUGGCUCAUCCUUUGCAGUUUAAAAAUAGAGACUCCUCACCUGUACACAGUGAAGUCCAGAGAAAGAGCUCAGACUCCCCAGAACCCAGCUGUGUCUCCAUGAAGAGUGAUGCGUCUAUGGCUCAUCCUUUGCAGUUUAAAAAUAGCGAUUCCUCACCUGUACGCAGUGAAGUCCAGAGAAAGAGCUCAGACUCCCCAGAACCCAGCUGUGUCUCCAUGAAGAGCGAUGCGUCUAUGGCUCAUCCUUUGCAGUUUAAAAAUAGCGAUUCCUCACCUGUACGCAGUGUUUUACAGAAGGCAGGAGACAGAAUAAAAAAGAUCUUCAUCACAGAUGCAGGACACGCCCCAGAAUCUCCUGCUGUAAAGGAAUUCCAGAAAAAGUUCAGAUUAAAUCUGAAGGAGAAGUUUCAGUGUUUAAAUGGAGGGAUGAUAAAGCCGGAAAACCAAGUGCUCCUGAAUGAGAUCUACACCGAGCUCUACAUCACAGAGGGAGACAGUGGAGACAUCAAUAAAGAACAUGAGGUGAGACGGAUUGACGCACUGUCCAGGAGAAAAACAACAGAGGAAACACCAAUCAAAUGCAGCGACAUCUUUAAGCCCUUAUCUGAAGAAGACAAACCGAUCAGAACUGUAGUGACAAAGGGCGUGGCUGGUAUCGGAAAAACGGUCUCUGCGCAGAAGUUCAUUGUGGACUGGGCUGAAGGGAAAGCAAAUCAGGACGUCCCCCUCAUAUUUCCACUUCCUUUCAGAGAGCUGAAUCUGAUGGAGGACCAAAAACUGAGUCUGAUGGAGCUCCUUCAUGUCUGUUUUAAGGAAACAAAAGAGACAAAAAUGUCCAGGUUGGAAAAGGUUCUGUUCAUUUUUGAUGGGUUGGACGAGUGUCGUUUCCCUCUGGAUUUCCAGAACACAGUGACAGUGUGUGAUGUAACUGAAUCAGCAUCAGUGCACGUGCUGCUGAUAAACCUGAUCAAAGGGGAUCUGCUUCCCUCUGCUCUCAUCUGGAUCACCUCCCGACCAGCAGCAGCUGAUCAAAUCCCCUCUGAGUAUGUCCAUCGAGUCACAGAGGUACGAGGGUUCAAUGACCCCCAGAAGGAGGAGUACUUCAGGAAGAGGGUCAGUGAUCAGAGCCUGGCCGAGAACAUCAUCACACACCUGAAGUCAUUAAGAAGCCUGUACAUCAUGUGUCACAUCCCAGUCUUCUGCUGGAUUUCAGCUGCUGUUCUCGAGAGAAUGUUGGGUGAAGCAGAGAGUGGAGAGAUCCCCAAGACUCUGACUCAAAUGUACACACACUUCAUCAUUCAGACAAACAUCAUCAGAGAAAAAUACUCAAAGAAGCAGGAGAGUGAUGAAGAAAUGCUGCUGAAACUGGGAAAACUGGCUUUUGAGCAGCUGCAGAAAGGCAACCUGAUCUUCUAUGAGGAAGACCUGAGAGAGUGUGGCAUUGAUGUGACAGAAGCAGCAGUGUACUCAGGUGUGUGUACGCAGAUCUUCAGAGAGGAGCCUGGGCUUCACCAGAGUAAAGUGUACUGCUUUGUUCAUCUGAGUGUUCAGGAGCAUCUUGCAGCUGUGUAUGUGCAUCUGACCUUCAUGAAGGAAAAGAGAAAUGUUCUUUAUCAGAGUCUGCCCUGUAAGACAAUUUUAACUGUACACGGCAUGGCUUUAGAGGGUACCUUAAAAAGUCAGAAUGGACAUUUGGAUCUGUUCUUCCGCUUUCUCUUGGGUCUGUCACUGGAGUCCAAUCAGAAACUCUUACAUGCCUUCGUAACACAGACAGGAAGUAGCUCCCAGAGCAAAGAGGAAACAGUUCAGUACAUUAAGGAGAAGAUCAGUAGAGAUGAUCUUCCUGCAGAAAAAUCCAUCAAUCUGUUCCACUGUCUGAAUGAACUGGGUGAUGAUUCUCUCGUGGAGGAAAUCCAACGCUACCUGAAAUCUGGGAAACAAAGUGAACUCUCUCCUUCACAGUGGUCUGCUCUGGCGUUUGUGUUAUUGACUUCAGCACAGGAGCUGGAGGAGUUUGAUCUGAGUAAAUAUACCAGUACAGAGGAGAUACCAGAUUGGGUUCUUGUGAAGGUGAUGCCUGUGAUUGCAGCAUCCAGAAAAGCCGUGAUCAGGUGUGAUACAAUUGAAAGGAGAAGUGCUGAAGCUCUGGUCUCAGCGCUCAACUCAGAAACCUCCUGUCUGAGAGAACUGCAUCUGACUGUGAAGACACUGGAUCUGUCUCGGAAUAAACUAAAAGACUCAGGAGUGAAGCGUUUCUGUGCUGUACUGGAGAAUCCUCACUGUAAAGUGGAGAAACUGGGGUUGGGAUAUUGUGGUGUCUCAAAUGAAGUCUGUGCUGCUCUGAGUUCAGCUCUGAGAUCAAACCCCUCACACCUGAGAGAACUGAAUCUGAAUAAUAAUAAACUCGGAGACUCAGGAGUGAAGCGUCUCUGUGCUGUACUGGAGAAUCCUCACUGUAAACUGGAGACACUGAGGUUGUGGGGUUGUGGUGUCUCAGAUGAAGGCUGUGCUGCUCUGAGUUCAGCUCUGAGAUCAAACCCCUCACACCUGAGAGACCUGAAUCUGUCCUCUAAUAAACUUGGAGACUCAGGAGUGAAGCGUCUCUGUGCUGGACUGGAGAAUCCUCACUGUAAACUGGAGACACUGGGUAUUGGAAACCAUGGGAGCCCAUCUCAGCAAAGGGGUCUACAUGAAGACAAGAUCAGAUGGCAAGCUCUUCAACCUUGCAAGACUCAGAGCCUCCACCAGGACAAGAGAAAUGUGUGAGAGAGAACUCCUCUAUGCUGAUGACUCUGCUCUGGUAGCGACAGAUGCCCAUGAUAUCCAAGAAAUCGUGGACACUUCUCUACUGCUUCCUCUUUGUUUGGCCUCAAGAUCAAUGUGUCAAAGACAGAACUCCUCUACCAGCCCCCUCCAAAUGACUUAACACCUUGCCCAGUUGUACUGGUGAAUGGGUCAGUCCUCUCCAUGACCAAGAACUUUACCUACCUUGAUAGUGCAGUCACAAGCACCAACUCGUCAGACCUGGAAGAAGAGCGCCGGAUACAAGCUGGCUCCAAAGUGUUUGGCUCCCUUCACAACUGUCUGUGGUUGAGACACAUCAGGAGGUCAACCAAAGUGAAGGUCUACAACGCAGCCGUCCUACCAUCACUCCCCUACUCCAGAGUGCAUGAUCCUCUAUCAGACAGAUAAAGAAGCUCACCAGGACACAGCUCCACCAUCUGCGACAAAUUCUGGGGAUCCAUUGGCAAGACAGGAUAACUGAUGUCAAGAUGCUGAGGAGAGCCAAAACAGCUAGUGUAGAGGCACUCAUCACUGCCUCACAGCAACGUUGGGCUGGACAUGUUCGUCGCAUGCCUGACUCCAGACUCCCCAAAGCUGUCUUUUUGGAGAACUUGGCCAAGGAAGGAGGAAACAAGGUGGACAGAAGCUAUGCUUCAAAGAUGUGCUGAAGAGACACAUGAAUACAGGAAUUAACCCUGACACCUGGGAGCAAGCUGCCACUGACAGAAGUAACUGGAGAGCAUCUGUGAGGAGGUUAGUCAGAACCAUCGAGGGCAAGUGUCAGAAAUAUCAGUGAGCGCAUGAAAGACAUUCCCGUGCAACAACUGGACAUGCAUGCAGUGUUUGUGGACGGCUCUGCUGCUUGCGUGCAGGCCUUGUGGUCCACCUGCAGUCAUGCAGGACUUAAUCCUCUCUGCAUAACAUUCAUCAUCGACAUCAGUGGACUGCCGAAGAAGACAUAUCUGUACACACCCUUAGCCUAAUACUUGAUUGAUGCACCUUUGGCAACAAUUACAGCUUCAAGGUGUCUUGGGAAAGAAGCUACGAGCUUGGCACACUUGUUUCUGGACAUUUUUGCCCAUUCCUCUUGGCAUAUACUUGCAAGCUGUGUCAGGUUGGAUAGGGAGCAUCGGUACACAGCCAUUUUCAGCCCCUUCCACAGAUGUUCAAUUGGGCUCUGGCUGGGCCACUCAAGGACAUUCACAGACUUUCUCCGAAGCCAUUCCUUUGUUCUCUUGGCUGUGUGCUUUGGGUCAUUAUCAUGUUGGAAAGUAAACCUUCUCCCCAGUCUGAGGUCCAGAGCGGUCUGGAGCAGAUUUUCUUCAAGGAUCUCAGUGUACUUGGCUGCAUUCAUCUUUUUCCUCUAUCAGGACUAAUCGCCCCAUUCCUGCUGCUGAAAAAUAUUCCCACAUCAUGAUGCUGCCACCACCAUGCUUCACUGUAGGGAUGGCAUUAGCCAGGCGAUGAGCAGUGCCUGGUUUCCUCCAGAUGUGACACUUGGUAUUCAGGCCAAAAAGUUCAAUUUUGGUUUCAUCAGACCAGAGAAUCUUGUUUCUCAUGGUUUGAGAGUCCUCUAGGUGCCUUUUGGCAAACUCCAAGUGGGUUGUCAUGUGCCUUUUAGUAAGGAGUGGCUUCCAUCUGGCCACUCUACCAUAAAGGCCUGAUUUGUGGAGUGCUGCCUGGAUGGUUGAUCUGAAAGGUUCUCCCAUCUCCACAAGGAUACACUGGAGCUCUGUCAGCCCUCGGGUUCUUGCUCACUUCCCUGGCCAAGGUCCGUCUUCCCCGAUCGCUCAGUUUGACCAGGCGGCCAGGUCUAGGAAGAUUUCUUGGUGGUUCCAAACUACUUCCAUUUACGAAUGAUGGUGGCCACUGUGCUCUUUGGGACCUGUAAAGCUGCAGCAAUUUUUCUGUACCCUUUUCCAGAUCUAUACCAUGACACCAUCCUGUUUCUGAGGUCUGCAGAUAAUUCCUUUGACCCCAUGGCUUGGAGUUUGCUUUGAUGUACACUGUCAACUGUGGGACCUUUUAUAUAGGCAGGUGUUGGCAUUUGCCCAAUCAUGUCCAAUCAAUUGAAUUUACCACAGGUGGACUCCAAUUAAGUUGGAGAAACAUCUCAAGCAGUAUCAGUGGAAACAAAAUGCACCUCAGCUUACUUUUGGGUGUCCUAUCAAAGGGUGUGCACACUUGUGUACAUUAUAUUUUACAUUUUGAUUUUUAAUAAGGUGGCAUGGUGGUAUAGUGGUUAGUGCUGUCGCCUCACAGAAAGAAGGUCUGGGUUCGAGCCCCGUGGCUGGCGAGGGCCUUUCUGUGCAGAGUUUGCAUGUUGUCCACGUGGGUUUCCUCCGGGUGCUCCGGUUUCCCCCACAGUCCAAAGACAUGCAGGUUAGGUUAACUGGUGACUCUAAAUUGACCGUGAGUGUGAAUGGUUGUCUGUGUCUGUGUCAGCCCUGCGAUGACCUGGUGACUUGUCCAGGGUUUACCCUGCCUUUUGCCCAUAGUCAGAUGGGAUAGGCUCCAGCUUGCCUGCAACCCUGUAGAACAGGAUAAAGCGGCUAGAGAUAAUGAGAUGAGAUUUUUAAUAAUGUAAGGUCCUCUAAAAUAACACUUUUAUACUCCUAUAUUGGAUUGCCCUAUUUUCUGUGUAAUUAACUUCAUUUACCAUAAUGCCUUGUGGUUUGGAAUAUUUUCACUGUUUGAUGUGUUGUGACGUACUGUGCAUUCGGACCAAUCAGACUUAUUUGCUCGUUGUAUUUUUAUUUGAAUUUUGAUGUCAGCCAAUGGUAAUUGGUAUAUGUUUAAUGCCCGCAAGUUCGCGAGCUUUUUGAAUGUCCCAUCACUUCACGAGAGAGAAGCUCACGUCAGUUCCUGCCUGCAGCAGAGGAGAGAGAGAUUGUGUUGUGAGCUCUAUUUCAGCACUUAUUUUGCAGAGAGUAUUUUUAUAGUUUGGCCUGCUUAUGGCCAUAACGUGUACCUGGGACUCCAGUGUCACUCCAGUGAGUGAUCUUGCUUUUUUUUUUUUCGCGGACACAUCUGCCCUCCGUUGCUGGGCCCACCAGAGCGCUUUCGUCAAUUCCCGGGGACUCACUGUGUCGGGACCGGGACCCAGCCAGCUACCGAGGGGUUUGGGGUGAGCAGCAUCUUGUUCAAGCGAGGUAACCCACAGCAGUAGCUAGCCCUCUGCUCAGGAGCAUCUGCUGCAUGACUGUACCGACAUCUGUAACCUGAUCCAUCUGGUCUGACUGGUGGAUUGUGAGUAACGCGAGCCCACACUUACACAGACACACACGUUCCUUUGGUCUCGCCUGGAUCGCCAGCGUUUUAGAAGGGCGUUGUAGCGGUUGCUGUUCUGCCUGCAGUUCAGAGAGCUGCCACCUGUGCACCAAUGGGCCCCAACUGCGCGCUUUUUUUUUUUUUCUUUUCCACUUUUGAUACUUU